CAUGUCUGUGCAAUGUGACAGAUCCUCUACAUUCAUCCCAGCGCCCGGCUAUAACAUGGCUUGACCCGGCAUAAGUGUGUUGGCAAGCGGACGCAUUGCCCCUUUGGACAAGCCGUGCCGUCCAUGGCGUCUCAAUACAAAAAGCAAGCUGCAUGGGAAGCAAUGCGAAAUGCCCUCGCUAAGAUUCUCGCAUGCUACUCUCGUCCGUCUCGGUUAUUGCAAUGGCCUUCACCCGUGCAACACGUGUAUCAAGAGGAACUUGAUAUGCGACUACACGGACGGCCGAGGCCCUGCCAAACUCAUGGCCGUCCAUACGACGUCUCCUACGGGACAGAGCCUCGCUUCUGACUCUGUCGACACCAUCGGCGCAACUCCUCCCGUACACGAGGCGACCCUCGAUGCGUCCCCGAAGCGAUCGUCCAAGCAGGCCAAACUCGCGCGACAGGCGAAGCGCAGGAGCCAAGGCAAGGAAAAGUACUCCCGCCACGUCUAUGAUGUCUCCUCCGUCAGCGAGGGCGAUGAGAGCUUCCGCAACAGCACGGCGUCCGAGACGGACGAGGAGGCCGAAGUUAUUGGCCAGAUCAGAAUGCUGCAAGAUCCCAUGAAGCGGCUUCAACUGUUUGACCGAGCAACGUUUUACCAGUAUCUAGAUGCAUGUUAUUCGGGCCCCUUGGAGGUCAAUCCAUCGACACUUUGUUUAGUUUAUCUGACUUUGGCAAUUGGUUUUGUUCUGGCAUCGCCGGCUCCAAACAGCCCGGAGGAGCUGAUGAUGAAGAGUUUCCAAGAGGGGCCAGGGGAGAGGGCGGAAGCCCUUUUCCGGGCUGCUAAGUGUCUGAGUGAUCCCCUUAACGGGGUUGAGCACGCAGACUUGUGGAUGAUUCAGGCUUGGACUUUGAUGGCGUUUUACAUGUUGAUCAUAUCGAAGCGCAACGCGGCAUACGCAUAUUGUGGAAUGGCUGUCCGCUCUGCGUAUUCCCUCGGUUUGCAUCGAAUCCGGGACACGAUGAUGAAGUUUAACAACGAGAUCGCAAGGCGUAACCUUUGGAGAAGCCUGUUUGUUCUUGACACGUUCCUCGCCACGGCUCUCGGGCGUCCCGCCGCAAUAAGCGAAGAGGACUGUUCGAGCGACUCGUUGGAUUCGCCAGCAGACCUCUUGCUUGACACCGCCCAGCAAGGAGAAGACAUGGUCAGGACCGUCAGCCUCGACGCAUCCGUCCGGAUCUCCAGGUCCAUUGGCACCAUGCUGAAGAAGGUCUACUCGGAGCGCAAGAUUUCGACCAAGCUGGCUCAGGAGAUUGUCGAUGACUGUCAGCUAUGGGCUUUCAACGGUCAUCCGUCGUUGGCAGCAAACGACCUCCUCCAUGGAAAGGCUCCGGUGGAAAUGGGCAUUCCCAUUCUGCACGUGCACUUGCUUCAUUACCAUUCCAUCCUUCUCCUGAGCAGGCCCUUUUUCAUCGACCUUUUGGUCAAGACGCGGCCAACCAUCUCGGGCGACGUCGAACCGUUUCACCGAACGUUUUCGAGAUCGGAAAAGUUUUCUCAAGCGUGCGUGGCCGCAUCGACUCAUUCGGUCACGCUCAUCCAGGCGGCGUUUGAAGCAAAGUAUUUGCCGCGACGUAACCCUUUUAUCUUAUAUUUUCUUUUUGCGGCGGCCUUGAUUAUCUUGAGUAAUGAGUUUGCUGGUUUAUACGAAAACGAGCAUUACGCAGUGUCCAUGACGAGCGCCAUCAAAAUCAUGGACUACUGCGCGGCUGAAGACGUUCAGGCUCAGCGCAUGCUCUACAUCCUAAAGUCCUUCCUCGCCGACGUGGAGAAGCACCUCAAGUCUUCUGUGACGGGUGUGGCCCUGCCCGAGUGCCAUAUCGGCGACCCGGAGGAGGUUCUGCACACGAGAAGGCAGAGUCUCACCGCUCGGCGAACCAACAGCCACCACCAUCAGCAGCAGCAGCAGCAACAACAACCACAGCAGCAGCCGUCGUCGCCCAUUGGUGGAGGAUCUUCGUCUGACGCCAUGGAGUACUAUCCUCACAUGGAGACGGACGCCCGCCCAUCGACCGUUCACGUUCAGGACAUGGGCCCCCUCGUGAUGCGGGGAGAGCGUGCCAUGGCGUCGUCGACUACGAGCCCGACCAUGUCGACGCGCGCGAAUGCUGCCCCUCGCUCGCUAUACCGGAGGACAGACCUCGCCUUUUCGAAGCCGGAUGAACAGCAGCAGCAGCAAGAGUUUGAGGACCUGGGUCCCCACAGCAGCCCAGCUGAUUUCCAGUCGUCGUCCAUGGAUUCGGAGGAGACCAAGAUAUACACUCAUCACGACUUCAACAGCCCGACAAUGAUGUCUCACGCGGAGCAGUCGGCUUUCCAGGCUCAACAACAGCACCAUCAUCAUCAUGGAGGUGGCGCCGGCGGCGGCGGCUUCAGGGGGUAUCCCACCGCCGCUGCUCCUGGGGUGUCGUCGUCGAAUAGGGGUCGGGAGAACGAGAGGACUCAUUUUGGAGGAGGGCACUAUCUGUAUGUCGAUGACAAAUGA